GCAGUUGUGAGUACGGGCGUGCCCGGGGGUUCGGCUCGCAGGGACGCCCCGCCAGGUGGAGGAAUGAGGUUUCUUCUGCCCCUUCGUGCCAAUUUGCAACCCUAGUUAGUUGGGGUACAGCAUUGCAGGCUGUAUGUACCGAGUCGUUCAGACAACGGGACCAGAUGGAAAAAACCUUCUGAAAUUGCUUCCUGUUUCUAAAACUUCUGGGAGCUCUGUGCCAGUAGUUCAGUCUCCAGCCAUGCCAAAUAAUUCUAAUGCAAAUGUUUCUAGCCCAGUCCGUCUUACUUUUAAGACACAGCUUGGCAAUACUGCUGCACCUUCAUCUAUUAAGAUACCUAUUUUUCAGCCUCCUAAUCCUGGAAAGAUUAUUCUUACAAGGACAUUAGACAAGCAGGAGAGUGCUAGGGCAGGUUCUGAAAAGGAAAGCUUGAUUCCAAGUGCAGCUGCCAAUGCCCAGAGCAGCUGUGCACCCAUGGAUGGAGUGCAGAACGUGGCCGUCACGAGCUCCUCUCACCAGAGCAGCACAACCUACAUGGUGAUGAACACCAAACCCCUCCCAGUGACUGUCAAGUCUCCAAUGCUGCCAACCGGACACCAUCUCCAGAUUCCAGCUGAUGCAGAAGUGAAAUCUGUUCCAGCAUCUCUUUUGCCACCUGCAAUACAGCAAAGAAUCCUGGCAGCUGCAGCCACCAAUGUAUCUGGAGGGGCUGACAAUACAAAAACACCAACAGUGAUUUAUGUGUCACCUGUGAACACAGUGAAAACCUCCCAAGUCCUGCCCAAGCACUUGCAGGGCUUUUGUCCCAAAUCUGCCACGGAAGUUUCAAAGACACUGAUAGUGACAGCUGCCCAAAAGGGAUCUGGUUCUUCUGAGCCAGUCACAUCCGAGGGGCAGCAGUGCCAGCGAACUCCCAUGAAAUGGAUCGUGCAAGAAACUGCCCCUCUCUCAGCAGCUUGUCUUAUCCCUGUAAAGUCUUCAAAUAAUGUGGCUUCCAAGAUCCUGAAAACUUUGUCAGACUCCAAGAAUGUAGAAGUUAAUCCUGCAAAUAUUUUGCCACUCUGUUCUAAUGGUCCUGGUGGAAGCCAAACCAAAAUCACACCUUUAAAAGAUAAUGCUCUGGUCAUGUACAAUGGGAAAGUCUAUUUAUUGACCAAAAGAGGCUCUGAUGUUCUGUCAGCCCAGGCUGACAAACAAACGUCAUCCUCUUCUGAUGCUUUACUUAAAAAGGAGACACCCAGGCAAAUUGAUUCUACUGAAGUCAAUAAAAUAACCAGUAAAGUGGUGAAUCUGGUGUUGUCAAAAAGCAAAGGAGUGGUGCUGUCUCAGAAAGACCCAAAACCAUCUACGGUCUCCAAAAAUUCAUCAUCACUUGGCUUAAGAAAUGACUUGAAAUCCACACCUGCAGCUCUGCUGACAUCAAGUGCUAAUCAGCAGGAUCCCACUGUAAUCCAUAGACAGAGUUUGCCCUUCACCAAGAGCAUUUCCUGCAGUGGAGUGAUCCCAGUUCCAGCAGUAGGGAUGCAGGAAGGUGUGUCGCAAAAUGGCAAAGACAUGAGUCAUUCCCCAAGUGCAGCAGGGGCUGUGUUACCUCAGGCUAAGCAGGAAUGUGCUGUCAGUAAAGACAGGCCAAAGAUCCAAUGUGAAAAGAUGGAUUCACCGGGAAAGGUUAUUCAGACCAAACACCAAGAGCACCCACACUGGAGACAAUACGUGGAAUUAAGGAAAAAGUUUGGUCUCUUUAAGGAGGAGAGAGUUUACCUUACAAGAAUACCAUUAAGGGCCUUCUGUGAGAAUCCAGAAGAAAGGGUUUGUUCCAGUGACAGCUUGGAAAGAAAAAAUGAUUCUUGCAGCUCAUCCUCAUUGGAUGUGGAAAUGAGUCAUCAUCAGGAAAGUUUUAAAGAUGAAAAGGUAAUUGUGGGUCUGGAAGAGGAUUUGACUAGGAGAAGGAAAAUAAAAUACUCACCUUUGUCAGACAGUGGCAAGAAGAGGAGAACUUCAAUUAAAUCAGCGACAGAUCCCAGUUCAGAAACCACCAGCUCGAGUUCCAGUGCACUUAACAGGAGUGUUUCACCUCCACCAGGCUCACCACAGUCAGGUGUUACGACUGGCUCUGUCAGAGUGUCCCAAGGGAGGGACUCAGAGCAGGACACGUCCCCCCGGUGCAGUGACACUACCCACCCGGGGAUUUCAGUUUUAGUGACAUCUGAAGAGGAUGCUUCCAUUCUGGAAGGUUCUUUCCGAGAUGAUGCUUUCCCUGUGGCUCCCCCAGACCUGGAUGAGACGAUACGGGAUGAAAAAAUCAACCGACUGAAGCAGCUCCUGCGGCAGCGGGAGGCGGCUCUGGAGGAGAUGCGCCGGGAAAUGCAGCAGAGCUGAGGCGCCUGCCCUGGGGAUGCCGACCUCAUGCAUCACCUCUUCAGUGACUUCAAGAGGAAAUCCCUUGCCUAAAUUAAUAUUUCUUGUAGAUGGAAGAACUAUAUGAAGUUUAAGUGUGUGUGUGUGUGUGUAUUUAGAGAACUGUAGGUUUUUGUUAAAUGCCAAAAAUAGGAGUCUUGGACCAUCAAAUUCUACUUCUAGGACAUGAUCCAAGAGCACAGACAAAGGGCAUUUUUACCAGCAUAUUUCCCAUAUUUUGAAUCGAGGGGUUUCUGUAUUAGUCUUAGCAAAUAAACUUUCCCUUUUCGAAUUCCAUGGCCUGGCUCUUAGAAACCCAAUGCAAAUUGCAAACCCUAGUUGUAGGUACUUUUUUGUUUGUUUUUCUCAUGUGCAUGAGAACUUUGUUGAAUUCCUGAGAACUGUAAAUUUUCAAAGGUCAACAGUUAGUGGUUAAUAAAUGCUAUUUAAAGGAUCUGGGAAUUAAACUUUAGACAGUAACGAUGGAGAUAUUUAUACAAAAGCUUUUGGAGAUGUAGAGAGAGGCAGGAGGAGCCAUGUGACAAUUGUUUGCAUUCAUGGCUCUCCCUGUCAUUAUUGUGAGCCUUUAUAAGGCCACGGCCAGCUGUGCAAUGUGGAAAUUUGGUUGUGGGGUUGUUUUGGAAGGGUGGGGUGUAUUUUUUUUUUUUAACAGAAUUCUGUUAAUAAUAAUUUCUUGAAGCUAAAA